AUGGCCUCUCCAAUUAACUGCUUAUCAAUCUUGGUAAUCCCUCUACUAGUCACCUCUCUUUUCUACCAAGUUUCUGUCGGACAGAAACUUACUGACGACGACCUUAGGAGCCUUUGCCAAAAAACCACCGACUCUGACUUUUGCUUUUCAACUUUAAAAGCAGACCCACGUACUUUUUUAGCGGCAGGUGAUUUACAUCAUCUUGGCCUCGUUUCUAUUGCUAUAGUCAUUGACACAGUACAAGUUGAAGUUGAUGAAAUCCCAUAUAUUCUUAGGAAACUCGGUGACCGAGUGGAUAGGUCUCGAAUGGAGAAUUGCCAAUAUGAUUAUAAUAAUGCACUAAAGAUUAUGAGAGAUGCAUCCGGGUCUGUUGGACAAAAGAAUUAUAACGGAGCGAAAAGCUUGACCAUAAAUGCAGCUAACGGACUUGCAGCUUGUGAUAAUUCAUACAAGGAACCCCCAGUACGUACAUCGCCAAUAGCAGAUGCCCUUACCAAGGUGUUAAAGAAAUGUAAUAUUGCUGUCGUUGUAUUUAAUGCUCUCACUGGUACAUAA